CGAGAAGCAUCGGCAAUUACUGGAAUUGGAGACCACUGGGGAAUCCCUCUUCUGUUUGGUGUUUGCACAGAUCGGGCACCAUUUUAUCUGGUUCUCCAGUUCCAAGCUUUGCGUAGUAAAAGCGUAACACUUUUUAAGGCCGCUUCGGAAAAAGUUAUUCAAGAUGCUGCCAUAAUGUGCGCAAAUAUCUUAAAGCAAACAUACGAAAUACUAAUAUUCAUCCAUGAAAGAGGUUUCUUGCACAACGAUCUGAAGAGCAAUAAUGUUGUCAUUGACGGAUCGGAAAACAAGCCCGUAAUUAUCGAUUUUGGAAAAAGCUGCAAGGUUGUUAAAGCCAGGUUACGUAAACCCAAGGUGAACAUUGAGAAAUCGAUGAACAAAUUUCCGCACAUCGCACCGGAAAUACAUCGCGGUGAAAGGCAGACCAUCGCUAGCGACGUGUUUUCGUUUGGCUAUCUGGUCACUCGUUUAUUUAAAGACGCUAAG